GGCAAAGGUUAAAGUUCAUAUGUCUAUGGCAAGGUCAAAGACGUCAAGUCAAGCCAUUUUGAUUGAAAGAAUAAAGUUGUUUCGAUCCAAACAGUUAAAAAAAAUAACUCGAGGUUCAGUCGGUUUACACUCUGCCAAGCAUAAGGGAGAUGAGACCCGGUUGUGAGGCAUUGGCAAAGGCAAGAAAUGUUCAGGUCUUCCUAUCAAGUCAAAGGUUCAUGAAAGCCGCGAGACAAGCUAAAAAGUUGUAUAAAAGAAAGCUAUUAAUGGGUCUGUACAGAACCAAGCAAAGACAAGAGACAAGCUCGAGAAUGAAAACGUGGGGUGUACAGUCUAGCAGAGAACUGUGGCGAUGUACAGAAAAGAAUUGAGACAAGGUCAAAAUCAUGAAAAGUGAAAGUGGGGUCAAGUAAAGCCAAGCUAAAGAAAAGUGCUUCCACCUUUAAAAUCAACUAUAAUGUAUAUCAGAGAUGCUGAGGACGCCAAGUAUAACUUGAACCAUUAUAGAUUCUAUGGUAGAGAAUUAGAUAUUCAGUUUGCACAAGGAGAUAGAAAAACUCCAAAUCAAAUGCGUGGUAAAGAAAGGUUGCCGUCUCGAAGAGGAUAUUAUGAUAGGUCUGAUCGUGGUAGAUACAGAUCAAGAAGCCGGAGCAGAAGUCCAUAUCGUGACAGGUACAGGUCUAGGAGUAGGAGUCCCUACUAUCGCAGUCGCAGACGUUCACGGUCAAGAAGCUACGAAAGACGCCGACAUCGUUCAUACACUCGCUCUCGUUCCCAUUCGCGAUCUCGUACUCCAGAUCGUGGUUUGUCUGCAUCCAGGUCUCCUUCUCCGCAUAAAAGUCGCAGUCGAAGUCGUUGAAAUCUAUUACCCUUGACUUCCAUAUAAAGAUGUUCCUGAUAUCACUUUUAAAGUAUAUAUAACCACCGUUUAUUCACAAUCGGCCAGGCUGUGAGAUUUUUUUUAGUUGCACAUUUAAAUGGCAGAAUAUAUAACGUACAAGAUGGUUGCCUGUGAAGUUUGUUUCUAUCUUUAUUUAUUGUAAAUCUUUUGUUUCUAAUCUUUGUCAUUUAUUUCUUAGCGAAGAUGUAGUGUAAUGUACAAAGGUUUUUCACCCCAGUCAGUAGAAUUUCUCAACCACAUUUGCAAAUUUUUUGUUUGUACUAAAAUCAUGAAAAUAAUUUGUUGUAAAUUGCCUUUAAUGAUUGUUGUAUUCCGGUUUUGCUUUCCAUUCCUGGUUUUCAUUCAAUUAGCAUCUUUCUAGACUUUACUGUUAGUUAGUGACAUGCUGUUGGCUAUUGUAGACGAGUCAGAAACUGAUUAUUGUUGCCUGCUUUCUUCCAGUAUAACAAAAUACUCUUUAUUUUCUAGCAAAGUUUGCAAUUUUCAGUGUUAUCGGUUAAUAUUCGGAGAAGCCAAUUUUAAACAGUUGUAUAAUCGUCAAUGUAACUCUACGUAAUAUCGGUAGUAGACUGCCUUGUAAACAAAUUCUAGAAAUGGUAUACACGAGAUAAAAUGUCCAGGAUUGUGUCUAUUGCUAGUAUUUGAUCAAGUUCAUUUGGCCUGCUGGUACUACUACCAACUUGAAAACUUUAUUUUUGGCUUGGUAAAUUGCGAUAAUAUUUUGUAAGUCUUUGUAAAGAUGUAUUCAUUAUUGUUUUAGUUAUUUUUAGUGUGUAAUUGCUUUUUGUAUCGAGGUUAAGCCAUUAAAUAACAUUUUUAUUGGA